CAGAUAUAUUUUUAUGAAUAUUUUGUUUUUAGAAAAAAAUGGCUGAGCCUCCAGUUGGCUGCAAAGUUUUCGUGGGAAAUAUAUCUGAGUUGGUGAGAAAGCAAGAUUUAAGAGCAUCCUUCGAGAAGUUCGGAGAGGUAGAGGAGGUGUUUAUCAGCAAUGGGUUCGGAUUCGUCACAUUUCUAGAACCACGAGCCGCAGAUAAAGCUUGUGAGGAAAUGCACGGAACAAUUUACUCUGGAGAGAAACUACGCGUAGAACCAUCUAGAAGCAGGGGAAGGGGACGUGGAGGUCCUAGAGGAGGUCGAAGUCCACCUCGAAGAGGAGGAUAUGGAGACGGAGGUCGUAGUCCGCCACGUCGUGGAGGAUAUGGGGAUCGAGGUCGAGGACCUCCACGAGGGCGUGGUCGUGGGCGGGGAAGAGGUGGCGGAGGUUUCCGUAGAUCAAGAUCUCCGUAUGAAUCAAGGUAUGAGGAUCCUAGCAGAGACAGACGUGGUCCUCCUCCAAUGUUCAGAGAGGAAAGACGAGGACCUCCACGUGACUUCUCCCCACCUCCACGAGGACCAUACAGAGGACCUCCCUCACCACGUAGAGGUCCACCCAGGGACUAUUCCCCGAGAGGUCCAAGAAGGAUGUCUCCUAGAGGCCCGCCAAGAGGUCAUCCUAGAGACAUGUCGCCAAGAGGUCCACCCAGAGGCCCAAGAGACUAUUCUCCUCGCGGACCACCGAGGGGUCCUCCUAGAGAUUUUUCUCCACGAGGACCACCUAGGGGACCACCGAGAUCUCUCUCUCCGAGAGGUCCACCAAGAGGGGGACCAAGAGACAUGUCCCCUCGCGGCCCUCCAAGAGGACCUCCUAGAGAUAUGUCUCCUCGUGGCCCACCUAGAGGUCCCCCAAGAGGACCUCCCAGAGAUAUGUCUCCUCGUGGCCCACCUAGAGGUCCCCCAAGAGAUAUGUCCCCACGCGGACCACCAAGAGGUCUCCCAAGAGACAUAUCGCCACGUGGCCCACCUAGAGGUGGACCAAGAGGCUUAUCACCCCGCGGCCCGCCCAGAGGUCCCCCUAGAGAUAUGUCCCCUCGAGGCCCACCCAGAGGACCACCUAGAGAUCUAUCUCCACCACCAUCUCGUGGUAUGAGUCGAGGAUCACUACCCAGAGGAAUGAUAAGAGAUAUCUCACCUCGUGGCCCACCAAGGGGACUAUCGCCCAGAGGACCACCUAGGGGUCCGCCUAGAGACGACCGUGGACCACCUAGGCGUGAUUAUGGAGGUCCUCCAUCUCCGAGAUUUGAAAGAGG